UGAUGCAACCAAAACACUAUCAGUAGCUAACCAUUCUCAAAGUGUUGGCUAAAGGAAGACGCUUGUUUAUCUUCAUGUAAACACAUUCCGACUGUCGAUGUGUGUGAGUUCAAUGACGCUUUGUUUAUAUAGCUAGACUGAUUCGCAGAAGGUAACCUCAGUGUCGGCUAGCUAGCCUACUAGCGAGUUUUGCCAUGUCACAAAUUCCGAUACAGAGGAUAUUUCCUGUGGCUUUAACGUUAAACAGAACAUGAUGUAUGCAUGCAUGUACGAUGUAUGCAUUUGCCUUCUGUAGAAUUACCCAGUUUAUUUUAUUUUCGAUCCAAACUGACGACAAAGUGUUUGGAGGGGAAGUCGGCCUCUGCUUAGCUAUUGCCUCUUCGGUGAUUGCGAACUCAACGUCCAGUAGCCUAGUCGCAGCGUAAUGGAUUCUUCAGUAACUUCACCCAGUGCCUGCAAACAGAUCUUGUGCUUACAAAAUGUGCAGCAUCGAUUGAUUGCUUUCGGUGCCUUGCUGUAAAUAUUAGCGUUCAUGGCUCUAUGAUCCCACCACUUUACGCUCAGCUAGAUUCGAUAGAAUCGCUACUUAAUGAGAUUCCCUAUAUGUUUUAUCUCGGCCUGUUUUUCGUGAACGUCUUGAUCCUUUACUAUGUUUUUUUGAUGGAAUACAUAGUCCUGAACGUUGGCAUAGUCUUCCUGCCGGAGGAUAUGGACCAGGCAUUGGUGGAUUUGGGCGUCCUGUCUGACCCCGGCUCAGUUCCUUAUGAUACCGACACAGAAUUUGACGUUUUCGAGGGAUACCUGGACUAAGCAACAAUGAGGAGCAGAACAUUGUUUAACGUGAUUACACAGAAACAGACUUCUUUUGGUAAUUCGAAACGCUGUGCCAUACAUCGAUCAGUUAUGAAGGGCAAUAGGUUUAUAUGGACAGACUGGCGGAAAUGUGAGAUGUCCUCCCAGUACAAUUGGUCGCGCAUUAAAAAGUUUUCCAGGAUCAAAUCUGGUGGAUAUCCAAAGACUGGCUGGGCUUCCAUUUUAUAAGGUUGCGUUGGAAACUAAUGAACUAAUGGGAAAGUCUGACAGACCAAUACUCCUCAAGUCAUCUGUCAGUCAUAAACAAAUCAUUAGAACGAUCGGCUAUAUGUAUAUUUUAUGUUUUUGGACUAUUAUAUUGAAUUAUACACAAACACAGGAGAUAGAAAAUAAUGAUUUAGUUUUGAGUGACAAAUGUAUUAUUAAUAACUUGAGUUUGUACGAUUUAUGUAAAGAGUGCAUUAUUAUGCAGUUUGUUGGGUUAUACACAGGGAAUUUGGCAGUUUCAUGUAAAACUGCUUGAGUGAAAUUUACUGUUCCUCUUAAAAUGGAGCUUGGAUAUGCAGCACGCAGGUUUCCUCAGUGUACACAUUGUUUAUGUUGUCUUUCUGCAUUUUGAACAAUAAGCAAUCUCACCAGCAAAAUCCAUCAAAACCAGUUUUUUCCUUCAAAUUAAUUUAUAGUAAUAGUUCAUCAGUUGUUUGUUUCAAAUAACUGAUGGAACGAGGGAUGCAUCAUUUACUGCGCAUUGAAAAGUCUCUUGACUUUCUUUCAUUGUAGAUCCGUAUUCUAUGAUGAGGAACAUUUAAUUGCUUGCAUCUCUCCAAGGUUAGAUUUUAGUUUGCUUCUCCGGAAAUUAGCUGUGAGCUUCUUUGUAUGAAGCAAAUUGUAUGAAGAACACACCCUGAGAUUUCUUCCUGCUCCCUGCUGACAUCUUACAGAUAUAAACACGCUGCAAGACUAAGCUUUUAGCACAAAAUUAAAAAGGGUAUCUAUCACCUAUUGCAAUAAAGCUUGAAAUGUAUGUGGGCAUGCAGCAUACCGUUUCAAAGAGAUGCCUUGAAAUUGUAACACAGAAACGCACACAGAUGCAUACACGGUGAAAUAGACUUCUGUAUCUUUGUGGAAAUGAACAAUGGACUAUUCCAUGGUUUCUAACGAAGGGCUUUGACAGUUCUGCUCCAGAAUGCAUUGCAAAAAAAUCAACAUGUAUAAGUAUUUAAAUUGAAUGUGUGUGUUUGGUUUUCUGUUGUUGAGACAAUGUACAUCAUACGGUUGCCUCCAGAAUUAUUGGCACCCUUAAUAAAUGGGGGGAAAAGACUGCAUAUCAUAAACACCAUGGAUAAUCUAUAUCUAUAUUUUAUGCUCAAACAUAUGGGAACACUUGUAUUUCAAUACAUUUACUUGUGUUACAAAUCUCAUUUUCUUCUGAAAACCAUAGGUGCCUAAAUUAUUUCCACCCCUAAAAAUUAUUGUAGAUAAAAUCAAACAAAGUUAAAUUGCCAAUACAAUUUUACUUUAAUUUUGUUCAUCUCAGUCUAAAGGAACAAUGCUGUGUCAUUCUAUCACUUCAUGUUUCAAUGCAAAACAAUGCAAAAUUGACCGUCACAAGUUGAGAGUGGGUACAAUAAAAAACAUAAAUGGUUAAACAUACAAAUUAGCACUGUAAGGGCAAUAAAAGAAAGGUUUAAAACAUAUGGAAUGGUUGUAAACUUGCCAAGAAGAGGAUGCAAAUGCAUAUUAUCCCCACGGACAGUAAGGAACAUGGUGAGGGAGGCCAUAAGUAACCAAAAUAUCGCAGUUGAAGAAUUGCAGAGAUUAGACUUUUUAUUUUAUUUAUUUUUUUAAGGCACCUCCAUACCAGCAAACUCUUUGGAAGGGUUGCAUGAAGACAGCUAUUUCUGAGCACAAUAAACAAAACCAAGCAUCAGUAUUAAAUUGAAUGUUUUGCCCAUGCACACUAUUAACAUGUUUGGUGGCAAAAUGGAAUGCAUACAAGGAGAAGCACCGCAUACCUACUGUCAAAUAUGCCAGUGGGUCAUGGAUGUUUUGGAGAUGUUUUGCUGCCACUGGUCCAGAGGCACUACUUAAGAUCAAAGGAUAUCAAUGAUUCUGAAAGGUUCUACAGGGAAGAAUGGUAAAAAAAUAAAUCCAAAUGUGUUCUCUAACCUUAUCACAAAUUAUAGGAAAAGACUCUGACUCUCAGAGGCUGUCAUCUUUGCCAGGGAUGUUUGUACAAUGUAUUAAACCAGGGGUGCCAAUAAUUGUGGAACCUGUUUUGUGGGGCAAAACUCAACACUCAAAAAUGUAAGACUGGUUGAUUCUAUUGAAUCAUUAAUAAAGCGCACUACUUGAUGUUGAAAAAUAAAUCUCAUGUCAAUAGCUUCUUUUUUUUUGUGCAUAUUUAUCAAUGGUGCCAAUAAUUCUGGAGUCCACUGUAUAUGGUGGAAUGAGGGAUUCAUUCUUCUUAUUCAGUCUGAUGCAGUCAGGUGGGAUGCAGUCAGAUCAUGCACAUCUGAUGUUAUUUUCAGUCACCCUUAUUGGGCAAAACUUGUUAGUCUUUUUAGCUACAUUAAAUAAGACAUAAUUUAUGCGCUAUAUGUGACAGACAGCGAACUGCUGCUAAAUGUACUGUAUAAUAUGUGUACAAGAUUGCUGAUUGCUGAAAUAGUUGCUCUUCGAAGUUCUUUGUCCUGUUGUUCAGUCACAGAAACAAUGUUCCUGCUAUUCAGAGGAAGUGUUUCAAAAGUUAAGUCCAGGUUUAUGAACUGAUUAAGAAUGCCACAAUGAUCCACAAGGAAGACUUAUUAUGUUUACUCUGUGAUGCCAGCAAUUGGCGAGAUUUAUAAUGAGUGUUACUCAAAAUAUGCAUAUACACUCUGGACAGAACACUACCAAUUCCUAACCUAUAUUUCAGCUACUGACCCUGUGGACCAGCCUGACUUUUUAGGACCUGAAAUGAAGAAUCAUUUGCAUUGCAGGAAUGGAAGUGAUAGUUACCAUCUGUUCCAAUGCUAGUGGGUGAAAUAAAUAUGCAUUUUUACUGUG